AUGCCGCAAAAUACGGACAACAACGACCAACAAGACCAGAGCUCCGAAUCACUCGCCUACACCAUGACCCGCGAAGGCAACACCCUCAUCACGACCUUCACCUCCGGCCCCCUGCAAGGCGACGUGAUCCGUGUCGACCUCGACCAACAGCAACAGCAACAACCGCAAGACCCUAUGUCGGCCGCUGACGACCAGCCCGAGGAAGAAUUGCCUGCGGUAUCUCAUCACGACGGAUACGGCCGACAGGUGUCCGAGGAGGAGUUUUUGCGGUUGUCGGCGGAGGAGAUUGCGAAGGCGAGGGCGGAGGGGAGGGAGGUUGCUGGGGGGAGUCGUGAUGUGAUGGACGCUCUGCGUGAGGUGUGGCGCUGGUGCUGUGGGGAUGACAGGGACCGAGAGACGGAGGUUGGUCACAUUGAGGGCUCUAUGGACGGACGAGGCGAAGGCUCGUGGUGUUGCUGGGUGGGCGAGGAGACAAUGGAACUCAAGGCAAGCUUACCUAGAAGGAGUUGA